AUGACAUCGGCAUCUAAAUCACUAAAAUUCCACGCGGGUAAAGUUCAAUAUAAUGAAGAUACGAAUCGGUGCAUACCAUUACCUUAUGAAGGUGUAAUUUCCAUCAAACCAAGUUCUGAAGAACCAGAUUUCUUGGAUUUCACAUGGACACCAAAACCAGAUCAAACACUGCAAAUCAAUGGAACACAGCAAGUGGAAAAAGAUGAGUUAUUGUUAAUUCCAGGAGAUGUAACAAUUAAAACGAUAAAAUCUUGUAAUACUGGACGAGUAUUUGCGUUCACCUUUUUAAGUAGUGGAGCCAAGUACCUUUAUUGGUUGCAAGAUGUUGGGGAUGUUGAUGAUCUUGGGAAGUUGACUGAAAAGGAUAACAAAUUGAUUCAACUGAUAUCGUCCUUGAUAAGUCUUGGCGAUGAUGAGGAUGUUGAUAUGAAAGAGGAGGAGAAUGAAACAGAGAAGAAUGUGCAGACUGAAUUGCAAUCGCAACAAGGGUCGCAAACAGCAGUACCACCCAUACAACAAAAUGAACCUCCGACAAAUCAAUCCCAACAACAGCAACCACAGUUUAGAUUACCAAUUGGAUCAAUAUCUUCAGUCUUGGAUGUAUCCACAAUCGACAAUCACUUGGACAAGCUCUCAUUAGAUCAAUUGAAGCAAAUGUAUGGUGAAUAUUUACCAUCAUCAGUAGCUCAAAACCCAACUAAAGCCAAGAUUCUCGAUGUUGUAAGAAGUGGAUUUUUCCAACAAAGUGAACAGAAAUUGACUAAUCAAUUACGAGCAAAUGAAGGUGCAGGGCUUUUGUUAGCUCAAAGUUUGAAAUAUGAUUAUAAAGGUGAAGGGAUUGAGAAUUUUUUAAAUGGGAUUAGACAAGUAUCCAAGAAGGAAGAAGAAGAGGAGGAGAAAGAAAUUUAG